AUGAAUUCGAGCCAAGUGCUGGGGUUGGAUGCCAUUCCUCUGUGCUACGAGUUUUUAAACGGUUCUUGCCCCAAAUUGGUGUACCCUCUCCUCCUCAGGGUGGCACUCUACGCCUUUUUUGGCGUAGUGGUGAUUUUGACAGUAUUCGGAAACUUUUUUGUCAUCCUGAGCAUCGUUCAUUUUAAACAGCUCCACAUGCCGACAAACUACCUUGUCCUGUCUCUGGCUGUAACCGAUUUCUUGUUAGGAGGAUUCGUGAUGCCUCCGAGCAUGAUCCGAUCGGUGGAAAGCUGCUGGUAUUUGGGGACUCUAUUCUGUAAAAUUCACAGCAGUGUCGAUAUCACAUUGUGCACGGCAUCCAUUUUAAACCUGUGCUUCAUAUCUGUCGACCGAUACUACGCUGUGUGCCAUCCAUUGUUGUAUCAGACGAUUAUCACACCUUUUGUCACUCUGGUUAUGAUUUGCAUUUGCUGGAGCGUUUCCUUCACGGUCGGAUUCGGAAUAAUAUUUCUUGGUCUGAACAUCCUGGGGAUUGAAGAUUUGUAUUCAGAAAACGUCGAAUGCGAAGGUGGUUGCGUUUUAUUCCAAAGUGCCGCCUCGAGCACCGCGUCGUCUCUGCUCUCCUUUUAUUUCCCAGGUAUCAUCAUGCUUAGCAUUUAUACCAAAAUAUUCCGUGUCGCACAAAAACAAGCCAAAUCCAUUCAGGACUCCAAAAAUAAAGCGCAAUCAACGAUAAGCAAAGAGGAGAAAAAGGCAACCAAAACUCUGGCUGUGAUUAUGGGGGUCUUUCUCUCACUCUGGACACCGUUUUUUAUGUGCAAUGUCAUCGAUCCUUUUAUCGGUUACUUGAUUCCUCCUGUAUUGUUCGAUAUGUUGGUUUGGAUCGGAUAUUUGAAUUCUACCUGUAACCCUAUUGUGUAUGCUUUUUUCUACAAGUGGUUCAGGAAAGCACUGAGGACUGUUUUAUCUGGGAAAAUAUUCCACUCAGGUUCUUCCAGAAUGAAUCUUUUUUUACACUGA